AUGACGGCUCCCGGAGGCAAAUAUCACAUCCACGACCAGCUCGAUGUCAAGCAACCCCACCAUGAGUCCUUCGCACACUUGUGGAAAACACGCUGGGAGCCUGCGGCCGAUGACAUAACGUACCCAUUCCUAUACACAGACACGAGAGAUUUCAAGGAGAUCGCCGAGGAGAUGAUUAGGCGUGAUUUCAAAGAGCCUUACGAAUGGAAUGCUUUUGCAUCAAUGUUCGAACCUCAUGCUUCCGGUCUCUAUGACAAAGCUGAGUCUGCUGAAAUGGCAGGGGAGCCAGAGGAGGCAUCAGAAUAUUACCUUCGUGCCGCCAGCGUCUGGUUCAUCAGUCGAUACCCCGCAAUUAGGAACGAUAUCCAGCGGAAUGCAUGGGAAAGAUCAAAGGUUUCGGUUCUCAAAGGUCUACGCCUGCGAGGCAUUGAUAUGCAAGAGGUGCUCGUGCCACAUGAGCAAGGUCUCGAAUGUGAGGGUAAGCAUAUUCCCAUCUGGAUCUGUUUGCCCGAUGGUGCUUCAAAAGAUAAUCCAGUUCCUAUUGUCUUUGGAAUGUGCGGCUUAGACGCCUGGAGGCCUGAGAUGUCACGUUUUGCCGGCGUCCUUCAAGCUUGUGGACUUGGAAUGGUCAUUGCAGAGAUUCCAGGCACCGGAGACUCUCCUGCCCUAGCCGAUGAUCCUAAAAGCCCUGAUCGCCAGUGGUCAAGCGUGCUGGACUGGAUCGAGCAGAACGAGUCCAUCGACAUCAACAGGGUGGUAGGAUGGGGUAUCUCGACUGGAGGAUACUAUGCUACUCGUGCUGCAUAUACGCAUCACGACAGAUUCUUAGGCCUGGUCUCUCACGGUGGUGCCGCGCAUCAUGCCUUCGACUCAAAGUGGCUUGAGAAUAUCGACUACCGCGAUAAUAUGGAUAGUGCUUCCGAGGCAUUCUCUUGGAAAUGGGGCUUCCGGGGAGAUACUGGAAGAUUUGUGGGGGAGGCUGGUGAUCGGUUCUCCCUCCUCAAGGACGGAACUCUCGACAGGACUGAAUGUGCUCGCUUACUACUUGUUAACGGCACGGAUGACAGCAUAUUCCCAAUCGAUGACCUCUAUCUUUGUCUGGAACAUGGUCCUCCGAAGGAAGCUAGAGUCUUUCGAGGCCAGGGUCAUAUGGGAGGCAAGGCAUCUUAUGGCACGUUUAUGGGACUUCAGGCCUAA